UUCUGAUCAGGCAGCUCCGCGGACCCCUCUGGUUACCAUAAUUUCCCAGCAUCCUUUGCGUCCUUCCUUUUCCUCCUUUCUGUCCUGAUAGUGAAGGUGGACUCACCUGGAGAAGACUGACCAUGCCUGGAAGACUUUGGAGUAAGGCCAUCUUCACUGGCUACAAACGUGGUCUGAGGAACCAGCGUGAACACACCGCCCUGCUGAAGGUGGAGGGCUGCUACACCCGAGACGAGGUCGACUUCUACCUCGGGAAACGCUGCGCCUACGUCUACAAGGCCAAGAAGAACACGGUGACGCCCGGCGGUAAGCCCAAUAAGACCCGUGUGAUUUGGGGGAAGGUGACCCGCGCUCACGGCAGCAGCGGGAUGGUCCGCGCCAAGUUCAGCAGCAACCUGCCAGCUAAAGCCAUCGGACACAGAGUCAGAGUGAUGCUGUACCCGUCCCGGGUGUGAUGAGGAAACGUCUGAUGAGCUUUGUACAGAAAAUCAAUAAAAUGAAGACAUCACAAAAGAA